CCUUUGACUCCUCCAGGAACUACGCCUCCAAGUACCAACCCUCCAGGAACUACGCCUCCGGACACUACGCCUCCAGGUACAAACCCUCCAGGCACCACGUCUCCAGGUACCACGUCUCCAGGCACCAAUCCCCCAGGAACUACUCCCCCAGACACUACUGCUCCUGGUACUACGCCUCCAGGUGCCAACCUCCCAGGCACCACGCCCGUGGAUUCCAUUCUUGAUAUUCUCAAGCCAAGCGAUCUUGGUCUCCUCACGAGUGCUCCUGUGGCCAUUGCUAAAGCGAUCAACGAUGCCGCCCAGCAUUUGUCUCCCAACGACCCCAACCUGGUCACAGUGUACGCCGCGGCACCGGCACCUCCCAAUACGACUGCCCCAACGCCGGACACCAACGCCACUGGACCUUCGCUGCCUGGCGGCAUCUAUGCUGGCGGCUGUUUCAGCGCUAGUGUCUUCAUCCUCAACGCCCUCCAGAGCGGGCGGCAAUUCUCGUAUGCUCAGGAUCCCGUCAUCGAGAACAGUGGCACGAAGUGCUUCGCGCAGUGCAAUGCCGCUGGUUUCUUGUACGCACUGACAAACUCGGCAUCAUGCUACUGCAGCAACACUGCUCCCACGACACCUGCCAGUAGACAGACGGAUUGCAACUUGCCUUGCCCCAGAAACCUCGACCAGCGAUGUGGUGGCCAGGGCGACCCGAGCAGCACCGACGGUGGCAUUUAUGGAAAUGUCUUCAGCAGUCUGGCUAUCAACCUACCAAAUCCUCAGCCGCCGUUGCAGCUCGUGUUCUCCGGCCUGCGAGCUGAGCAUGUCUGUUCGUCUGCCUCGAGGCUCGUGUUCUUCAUCGUCGGGUAG